AUGUCACCACCACGAUGUGUCACCACGAUGUGUCACCACGUGUCAUCACCAUGUGUCAACACCACGUGUCAACACCACAUGUCACCAUGUGUCAACACCACAUGUCACCAUCACGUGUCACCACAUGCCACCACUUGUCAACACAUGUCAACACCACAUGUCACCACGUGUCAACACCACAUGUCACCACGUGUCACCAGAUGCCACCACUUGUCAACACAUGUCACCGCCACGUGUCGCCACGUGUCACCACCACCACAUGUCACCACUUGUCAACACCACAUGUCGACACCACCACCACGUGUCACCACAUGUCAACACCACAUGUCGCCACAUGUCACCACCAUGUGUCACCACCACGUGUCACCACUUGUCAACAUUACAUGUUACCACCACGUGUCAACACAACAUUUCACCACUAUAUGUGCCCACGUGUCACCACCACGUGUCAACACCACGUGCCACCAAGUGUCACCACCACUUGUCAUCACGUGUCAAUACCACAUGCCACCAUGUGUCACCACCACAUGUAACCACAUGUCACCACCACCAUGUGUCACCACCACCAUGUGCCACUAUGUGUCACCACCACAUGUGACCACAUGUCACCACCACGUGUCACCACCAAGACGUGUCACCACAUGCCACCACGUGUGA